AAUUACGUAUAUGAUUUGUUAUAAAUAUAAUCCAGUGUUUUUUUUAGUUAUUGUUACAACAUUCCAAUAACCAUGUCCGACCUUUUCCACUCUCUUUCACUGUCUCUCCUCCUCUUACCCUUCUUGUUCAUUUCCAUGGCUGCUCAGUUCAAUUAUUCAACUUACCCCAGCUGCCCUUCAUACAACUGCGGGAACAUCAAUAUCAGCUACCCUUUUUGGAGGAUCGGCAGUGAAACCUCCACCCAGUUCUGCGGUUACCCUGGUUUUGGAAUCAAUUGCUCUAAAGACGGUGAUCAACAGGAUAUUCCAACUAUUAAUUUGGGAAACGAUUCUUACUAUAUCCAAAAUAUAUUUUACGGUGAUCAAAUACUGGAAUUCCCUUAUAUACUCUACGAACCAAAGACUAUUGUCCUUGUAGACUACGACGUUUCUGCCACCGUCCCGAUCGUCGACUGCCCCAUGGUGCGCCAUAACAUUUCAAUCGGAACUUUGCCUUUCCUUUUUACGGAUCAGAAUGUUAACCUACGUGUUCACUUUAAUUGUACCGGAGUUCCGCCUUUUGCACAUGAAAUCCCGUGUCUGAGUUCCGCGAGUAGUAAGUCGUGCGUUAAUAAAGUAAACUCCGAGCCAGCGAAUUUCAGUUGGGAUGAGUACUCAUGUGAUGACGAUGCUGUUGUAGCGACGGUGUUGGAUGAACUUGGCCCAGAAAGAUUGCUGGGGAUAGAGUUCAUCGAAGCCUUGAGGGGAGGAUUCGAGCUCGCAUGGGAGAGAAUGGGGAAUUGCAAAAAGUGUGAAACUUCCUUUGGGCGUUGCGGUUACAAUAGCAAUACGACGGAGUUAAUGUGUUUUUGCUCCGGCGGCACGACUACUUUGGGUCAUUGUGAAGGGUCCGGCGUUUGGGUUAAGAUAAUGAUUCUAGGAAUUCUAUCGGCAAUAUCACUAUCAAUUGUGUUGAUGUGCAUUUGCAGUAUGAAAUCCUCACUAAGAAGCAAUUGUGUUGUCUUAUCUAAUCAUCCAACUGCGGACGAGAAUAGCAUUGAGGCCUUUGUCAUACAAUAUGGAUCGUUGAGUGCAAAAAGAUACACAUAUGCUGAUAUUAACGACAUGACAAACUCAUUUGAAGUUAAAUUAGGACAAGGAGGUUUCGGUACUGUGUUUAAAGGGAAACUUUCAGAUGGACGUCUUGUGGCUGUAAAAGUUUUGAACUCAUCAAAAGCAUCUGGGCAAGAAUUCAUAAACGAAGUUGCAAGCAUUGGUAGGACAUCUCAUGUUAACAUUGUUACUCUUCUGGGAUUUUGUUUUGAGCAUCAAAAAGGAGCUCUCCUAUAUGAGUUCAUGCCAAAUGGAUCGUUAGAAAAGUUUAUAUAUGGUCGUGUCUGUCCAAAUACAAGCAAACCCAUAGGUGUAGACAAGUUAUAUGAGAUAGCCCUUGGAAUUGCACGAGGCCUUGACUACUUGCAUCGUGGCUGCAACACUCGAAUUUUGCAUCUUGACAUAAAGCCACAUAAUAUCCUCCUGGAUGAAGACUUUUGUCCCAAGAUAGCAGAUUUUGGGCUUGCAAAAUUAUACUCUAGGAAAGACAGUAUCGUAUCUAUGUUAGAGGCUAGAGGCACUAUUGGGUAUAUUGCCCCUGAAGUUGUUAAUAGAAACUUCGGAGGUGUCUCCCAUAAAUCGGAUGUCUAUAGUUAUGGGAUGUUAAUACUAGAAAUAGUUGGGGGAAGGAAAAAUGUUGAUGCUGGUGUUGGUGUUGGUUCUGGGCAUACGAGUGAGAUAUAUUUCCCUCAUUGGAUUUACAACCGUCUGAAGAAAGAUGAAAUCUUAUUAGAUGGUUUGACAACUAUAGAGGAAAAUGAUUAUGCUAGAAAAAUGACAAUAGUCGGCUUAUGGUGCAUACAAACUGAUCCGAAACAAAGGCCAUCCAUCAAUGGAGUGAUAGAAAUGUUAGAAGGAAACAUGGAGUCACUGGAAAUUCCACCAAAACCAUUCUUUUCUUCUCUUCCACGAUCACAAGCCACCAUAUGUAACACAUCAGAGGACGUCAGUAUGGAUCACUGUAGUAUAAAAGAAGUAUGAAAUACUAACGCACUCAUUGCAUGCAUGAUGGUUUCAUAUUUUUCGAAGAUAUAAAGUUUGAUGAAAAUUUUCUUAUUUUUAGGUAUUGAUAUAUCUUCUGACAAUGUAAGCUUUUGUUCAAAGACUUUUUGAGAGGUUAUUAAGCCAUUUAUCUUUGGUUCUUUUUAAUUUUAUUCUCUAGUCCAAUUUGUAGACUUGGUGGUUAUAAAACAUAUUUUAUCCUUCUCAGUUUUAUACUUUUAUGUAAGGAUCAGCUUUUAAUGAAGAA